CCCAGCCAGGGAGGGCUCACCACUGGCGUGUAGAAUACCUGCUUAGUACAUACACCGCUGUGUUAUGAAACAGGAUAAACUUUCGUCUUUGUUGGUCUCGAUAAAACUAUCAGCACCACCCGUUCCGUGAACCGCCAUGACAGCAGUGUAACGAAAAUGGCAAGCAUGGGGAAUCGGCCCAAACGUCCCCGGACACGCCCACUGGGCUACGUGCCAGUCAAGAACCCGAUCUUCUUAGAGAGAGAGAAAACCGAGUUCAGGGACGGCCUUCAAACAAUCUCCGACAUCAUCCACUAUGGGGACGACAUGAAGACACGGGUGCGAUCCUCAAUGAAGACAUCAUCGAGGAUGAACAACGCAAACAUUGCCAAAUAUUACAACAACGUUCCCGAUAGAGUGAUCAGCCCCGAUCUCAGAGACAACGACGGACUGUUCCGACAGACGUCCUCGAUAUGCAACCGAAAAUUCCAACCAGACAGAACCUCCUUGGCUAAUCUUCAGUGUGAGGUACUAGGCCCUUUCUUCUGCGCCGAUUGUUCCAAAACGCGACGCCAAGACAUGAACUGUGAAACCCACAGGGCAAUGUAUCCUCAAAUAGCAGUUCACCAGCGAGCCCUAGUUGCGCCCAAUAAAGUGAUGCAGUUUAAUUCCUCAAAGGCUACAUCGUCUUUUAAGGACAAAAGGGUACUUUCUUGCGGAUGUAUCGUCGACGCAGAGAAUGCCUUCCACAUUCCCGUCGUUUACACACAACACGACGUUCACAAUAGGGUCAGACAUGCGCACCAGGCCGGAUGUAGUUUGGUACAUAGAAAAGCGUUGCCUUCAACUAAAACGAUUCCCGGCAGACUCGAAUUGUCGAAUACGGAGGAGCCAGAGACCUACAACGUGGAGAAUAUCCGAGUCUCCGUCCACUUCAACUCACCAACAGAAGAAGGAAGGCGAUUCUUUAAUGUUUAGUGACAGUGGAGUAGGACAUCUUGUUGUUAUAAUGUUUGAACCUUGCAUUGGAUCUAUAACAUUAACCUGGAAUAUUGUUGUCA